AUGAGGACGAAGCACGUGAACGUGCUGAUCGCGCUGGCCGCCUUCGUGCUUUUCAGCUUCUCCUGCUUCUGCAUCUCCAGGAUGACUCAAACUAGUAAUCAAUUAAUUAAUUGUAGAAACCAUAUUUUGGAAUUUAAGGAGAAAAUUCUACGUUUAAAAAAUAAAACUGAAAGAAAUCGCCAAGAGCUGAUCAAUGCCUUGAGUAAAAUGAAGUAUGAAAUGACACAGAGAGAAAAUACGUCCACGGACUUAGUUGAGAAGAAAAUGAAUACAUUGGGUAAGGGUGAAACAGUGUCUAAUAAUACAUUUGAAGUCCUAAAGUUCUUUUUCCCUCAUCUAAGGAAAGUGGGCAGAAUUUAUCCUGAUGUAAUCAUUGGCAAAGAGAAAACAGGUGUCUCUUUUGCGCUGGGUAUUUCCACUGUUAGCAGAGGAAAUCAAAGUUACCUGAAGCAAACCCUGAAUUCUGUUGUCUCCAGGAUGACUCUCUCAGAAGAGAAGGACUCUGUGGUGAUUGUCUCGGUGGCAGAUAGAAAUGAAGAUUAUUUAAAAUCUGUUGUUGACAUGAUUACAAAAAGAUUCAAAAGGCAGCUGAAGUCUGGAUCCUUGGAAGUCAUUUCAAUACCUGCCUUUUUUUAUCCAAACAUGUUACACGUCAAGCAGUCAACUGAGGACUCAGGAAAAUUAGAGAGUUGGCGCAUCAAACAAGUACUGGAUUUUUGUUUUUUGAUGCUUUAUGCCCAACCAAAGGCCAUGUAUUAUUUACAGCUAGAAGAUGAUAUCAUAGCUAAAAAGAUGUACUUUACAAAAAUCACAGAUUUUGUGCAUAAUAUCACUUCAAAUAAUUGGUUUUAUAUUGAGUUUUCAAUUCUUGGAUUCAUAGGAAAGCUGUUUAAAUCUGAGGACUUAACUGACUUUGUGCGUUUUUUUUUAAUGUUCUACAAAGAUAAACCCAUAGAUUUGCUUUUGGGGGACAUUUUUCAGGUAAAGAUGUGUAACCCAGGAGAGACUUCUGAAAAAUGUGCAGAACGAAAUAAGCAAAUUCGUAUUCGAUAUAAACCUUCUCUUUUCCAGCAUGUGGGUAUACAGUCAUCAUUCCCUGGAAGAGAACAAUAUUCCAAAUUGAAGGAUUUCCUCAGAGAAUUACCCUUCAAGAGUGAAGAGAAGAUCAUCACUUCGCUCCAUGGGGCGGAAGAGGGUAUUUAG